AUGCCGGCAAUAACCAACCUUUUCAACCGCCAACCACCACGGCGGACACUGUUCAUAAUCUUCGGCACCCUGUCAUUUUUGACAUUAUGCAUGUUCACCAUUCACUUCCCAAUCCUCAACCAGCUAUCUACACUACGAGUGUUUGAUACGAUUGGAAGAGGGCAUCACAAACCACACCACCACCAAGAAGCUGCAGGAGAAGUCGUGGUGACAGUGACACCACCGACGCAGGGGCAAGAAGAUGGGCAAAGCGGGAUGACGUCUUCAGGGUCGAUAGGUGCACCCCACCUUGAACCCCAACCCAGACCUCACUCACCACCACCACCAUCCCACGACAUCGACAUGGACACCAAUCACAACCUUAAAAUGAAUCCCUCUCAGCACCCCAUGGGCGGUGCUUCCGCCAACAGUCAGGAGGAGGAAGAAAUGGAUCUCACGGCUAGCAACCACAAACACCACAAGCACCCCCCUCCCCCACCACUAAACCUCAUCUCCCCCCUUCCCCCUUCCCACCCCCCACUCCGCCGCCUAAUCAUCAUCUCCGACGUCCACGGUCACCUGCUUCCUCUCCAGAAACUCCUCUACUCCAAACUCAACUUCUCCCCCACCUCUGGUGACCACGCCAUCUUCGUCGGUGACCUAGUGACCAAAGGCCCAGACAGCAAAGGCGUCGUCGCCCUAGCCAUGUCCAUCGGCGCCUCAGCAGUGAGAGGAAACCACGAAGACCGUGUCCUAGCAGCAGCCUACGGUCUCAAAAAGCUAGACUACUGGCCUCAGCAACAGGACGACAGCGACUCAGCCGAAACAGAAGGCAAAAAGGAGCGUGACAGGCAAAAGGAGCACCAAAAGGACGAGCACGCCAAGUCUGUCGCGAAAAGCCUAUCAAAGUCACAACUAAAAUGGCUGGCAGAACGCCCUGUGAUAUUGCACGUUGGCCAGCUGGGGCACCUCCCCCAGUUAUCGACAGAGCAGAAACACCACAAAGAUGGCAAGAAAAAGAAGGGCGGCAAUGGCGGCGAAGAGGAUGAAGGUCUGCAACAGCCAUGGAAUCCCCUCAACGAAGUUGUCGUUGUCCACGGUGGUUUGGUACCAGGUCUUGACCUUGAAAAGCAAGACCCCUGGGCGGUGAUGAAUAUGCGGAGUUUGAUCAACAACAACAACAACAACAACAACAACAACAACAACAACAACAACAACGGCCACAACAACGGCAAAGAUGAUGACAAGGAGGAAGAAGAAGAGGUUCCCCUACCGGUAGAUAGCACCGACGACGGGGAGCCCUGGUCAAAAGCCUGGAGCCGCUACCAAAACCACCUAUCCCCUUCUUCUUCACACGAUACUUCCAAAAAAACAAUCGUCAUCUACGGCCACGACGCUAGGCGCGGACUGCAGGUCGAUCCCCAUGUGGAUAUCACGCCCUACUUCCAGAAACAAAAGGGCUCCAAUAAGAAAGGUAACCGGCCCAAAAAGGAAAGGGGCAUCAGAUAUGCGUUUGGGUUGGACAGUGGGUGUGGGCACGGGAAGAAGUUGACUGCUUUGGUCAUCAGUCUCCCGGUUACUACUACUACCGAAGGAGGGCAAGGGGAGAUCAAGCAUGAGAUUGUCCAGGUGGGGUGUGAUGACAUGAGCACGGGGGAUGAUGCUCAGUAA